CUGUCACACACACAGCAGUUUACGGGACAUUUAUGCCUGGAUGCCCCCCCCCUUCUGAAACCCGACCCCUCGUUGCCAUGGUGACCUGCACACCACGGGGCCGUGGACUCAGCGGACGUGUAGUCCUGCAGCAGUCAUUAUUAUAAUUAUCUGGUGUGGGCCUGUUCUGCGGGUGGAGGUGGAGGCUGUGGGGGUUUCUGGGGGGGUUGUGGUGGGAUGAUGCCCUCCUCUGGUCGUCCUGCCCCGGCUCCUGCAGCCUGACACGCAGCCUCCCUGCCGCCAUGCCGAGCCGACAGAAGCAGCUCAUCUUCUCCAUCUCCGGGCUCUUCGGCUUCUCCUGCGCCCUGACGGCCGCGGUGGCCACCGGCCUGCCGUUCUGGCUCUACGGGACCGUGCUGUGCCGGACCGGGGCCGAGCUGGUCAACGCCACCGGAGCCGAACUGGACAAGUUCCUGGGAGACCUGAGCUACGGGCUUUUCCAGGGACAGAGGGUGAAGCAGUGCGGGCUGGGAGGGAGACCGUCCCGGUUCUCAUUCUUCCCAGACCUGCUGAGCGCCAUCCCAGCAGGCCUCCACGUCACCGUCAUCUUCUUCUGUGGUGUUGUGAUCCUCUUCUCCUCGGUGGCCACCGGCUUCUUCUUCUUCAACGCCUUCGGCAGACCGUACGAGACGCUGCAAGGCCCCAUGGGACUUUACCUGUGGACCUUUAUCUGCUGUCUGUGCAGCUGUCUGGUGAUGAUUCUGUUCGCGUCCGAGGUGAAGCUCCAUCAUCUGUCCGAUCGGAUCGCCAACUUCAACGAGGUCAAUUUCGUCUUUCAGACGUACAGCGAGCGCUACGACCGGUCCUUCUGGCUCUUCUUCCUCGUCUUCCUCCUCCACGGACUCAACGUCCUGCUGAUCCGACUGGCGGGAAUCCAGUUCCCCUUCCAGGAAACUAAAGAGCCGGACCAGAGCGGGGGGGCGGCCGACCUCAUGUACUGAGGAGACCUGAAGCGUCUGUGAGGCCGAAGCCUUUAAAGGACAAUAGACUGAGAAAUGGUGACGAAUGAACUGAUGACCUCAUCCACACAGCGGCCAUCUUGAGAUACGUCACACUUCACUUCCUGUCUGAAAAACACAGAGAAACUGGAUCUGGACACAGCUCGUUGUUAGAUAUGUAGCGCUGAAAGGAUUCGUCUAUAGAGCUGCAGCUGUAUUUUCGUUAUCGAUUAUUCUGCAGAUUGUUUUCUUUAUUAAUCGGUUAAAGGUUUAGUCUAUAAAAUGUCAGAUUCCCAAGAUGACGUCUCGUUUUGUCCAACAGUCAAAAAGAGAUUCAGUUUACUGUGAAAGAAGACAGAGAAAACCAUUAGAUCAGUCAAUCAAUACGUUAUAUUUAUACAUUACAUUAAAGUGGAAAUGGAAACCUUUUUGCUUUGACUGUGAAGUAAAUAUUGAUUUCACAGUGUAAUAAUGACCAUCAGCGUUUAUAUUGAGACAUCAUUUUCCCCUGAAACAGCCUCCAUUUACGGCCCCAACCUCUUUCGGUUGUCUUAUUGUAUAUGAUAACUGAAUAUUGCACAGGCAAAUCUGAUGACACACUACUUAUCUCUGCGCCUCGUUUCAGUCGCACGGAGUAAACUGGUCUUUUGAUUUCUACAGCAGCUAACCCAGUUCGCUUUUCUCAACACAUAAAGAGCUUCUGUCUGCUUUGUGUCUCCAUUAUAAAACGGUGUAGUCCCUCAUUCGUCCAGGAGCGUUCCAUCGUAGAAAAGGUUUCAGUCGUAGUCGUCUGGAUGCUGUUUUCAGAAUCAAGACGUUUCGGCUC